AUGACCGACAAUGUGGGUGUCAAGCCCAGCUCAGCAUCAAUUCUCGGAAAGGAUGGAAAGCUCUCCAGCGCAAGUGCUGCACAAUCUCUGAAAUAUGCCAAAGCCCAGGAUCUACCCUCUUAUCCCUCUACCGGCGGAGUUCAACUAUCGUCUGCAGGCGCUGCAGCUAGUUUAGCUAACAGCAACCGCAAAUCCUUCGAGCACUGGACACCAGGACCUAUACCUGCAGCGAACAAGGCCGCAAUGCUGGCGAAAGACCACAAAAUGGAUCCGUUGUGGCAGCCCGAGGCGAGCGCGGCUGGUGCGGGAGCAGCACUCAAGGCACACGCAAAUCCAACCGAAGUCGAGCCAAUACAGAAACGAGCUCCUACUAAAUCCGCUACCCCGAGUGCUGCCUACGAUACACAGGAGGAUAGUCAUAGGAAGGCUAUGAUGGCAGCCACUGCUGUGCACAACAGACGGAGAUCUGGCUCUCUGCCCACCCAGCCAGUAGUGAAACCCGCAGACAAUGCUGCAUGGGCGUUGAAGGCUGCCACGAAAUCGCAAGCUUCUGUGAAAGCUCAUGCAGAUACUCCGGCCCAGCCAUCGCAAGCUUUUGCAAGUGGUGACCCGGGCUUUGAGGCAGCAAGGAUACAGAACAUCGCCAAGAACAACGUGAAUCGACAAAUGUAUACUGCAUCGCCACCAGUUUCGAUAGAGGUGCAAGAAAAGAACCGACAAGACACGUUACGCGCUUCUGCUGUGGCAAUGGCGCAGAAGAUGUAUGCAAUUCAGCAACAGCAUCUCGACGAGGCUGCUGGCAAGUCAGACGGACAUGCUCUCGCAGCGAGCAGAGCUCGUAGCUCAACCAUUACGGGCGCUGAAUCGGCAACAGUAAGCGACGCCCAAGCGGCGCGCAGUGGAGGCUACGAAAAUCUUGAAGAGGCCGCACGUAAAUUAGCUCAGGAAAGAUUGGCCAAGAUUCACGAUGAAAAUGCCGAAUACAGGAAUUACUAUGGCGCAACAUCGCCACAAAGGAGGUCCAGAUUAUCGAUGCGACGUGAUCGACGACCUUCAAACGUGGCAGACGACGACUCGGACGAAGAACAAUCAAGGAGAAUCAAAUCACAAAUGUCGAUUUUUCAAAGCAAAUUGGCCGAGGUAGACACCAAAAAGCGACAGCAAGAUCGAGAUGCACUUCUCCAGAUUGCGCAUCGCAACGUCGACUCACAGAUCCAGAAGAUGGACGAAAAGGUAUUCGAAAGUACUGGUAAAGCUAGCCCUGCACAAAUGGAGAAGUGGGAGAAGUCCGCACGCGAGAAGGCGCAACGUGACAGUGACGAACGCAUGCAGCACGUUGGUAAGGUCCAUAUUGGUGGUGGCAAGUAUUUGGAUCAGUCCGAAUUGGAUGCCAUUGCCAGAGCUCGACUGCAACCAACAUUGGAUGAUAUUACUGAGAAGGCUGAAAAGCAGAGAGCUCUAGACGAGGAGAGGCGGAUGGACCUUGAGCGCCAAAGGCAACAAGCAGAGCGUGAGAAAAUUCGAUCUGCCGAAACUGCUGCUCAAGUCAAGGCAGAACACGAACGAGAGAAGGCAGCGGCCAGAACGCUUAAGGAACAAGAAAAGGAACGUGCGCGUCAAGAGAAGGAGGAGAAGCGAAGGUCUAAGGAACCUAAGUCCGGGCUUUUGUCGUCGUUCCGCGGUCGUGGUAAUGCCGCAUCAGGCACGACUGGCGGCGAGACCGCAGGAGCUGAUGCUACAGCUGCUGAUGCCGUACCUGCCAGCAACGGUCUUCCCAACGACUUACCCAGGGCUGAAGACACUGGUGAAGGUGAAACAGUACACGAUCAAGUCACCUAUCCGACUGCCGAAUCUUCUUCACCUGUCAUUACAGCAUCUCAAGAAGCACCAACAACAUCGAUUGCCAACAAAGACGAAGCUGAAGUAGCUCAGCCAGCACUGAGCUCGUCGCUCGAAGGCCCAGGGACAGCAGAGAACAGGAUAUCGACAGAACAAGAGGCUGACCCCACCUCGCCUAAUCGAUCAGGUGUAAGAUCAUGGAUGAAGGUAAAGUUUGGUCGCAGAAGUGACGCACAGGAGAACACAGCACCAAGGUCAGUUCUAGCACAAACCGACAAGGACAAAACAGCGAAAGGUGCCGAGGUCCCCAGGACAGAUUCGAUGCGGGAUGUCGCGAUGGCCGGAAGAAGCAGCACGAGCGAAACACAGGACAUGUACGGAACGGGUGUAUCGCCUGAGCCAACUGCAGUUAAUCAAUCGUCGCAUGUGACGCGUGAGAGAAGCCCGUCUAUUAGCUCGCUGUCCAGCGACUCCUCGCAUGACAAGAACCUGGGCCCGGACAACAAUUUCAAUCUCGGUACGACCAGUAAUGAAUCCGAGACAAGAGGUCGAUCCGGCUUCAGAAACAAACUGAUGAAGAAGAUCAAACCCUCUAAGGACAAGCCGAAAGAAGAGGGCAAGGCUGUGACACCUGUUCUUUCCAACACGAGUGACGACGAGUUUGAAGAGGCCAGAGACACGUUUGAUGAGGAAACUAUGGCACCACCACCGCCUCUAUCAAGCUCUGCUGGCGAGAACAGCAAAGAAAAGGUAGUGACGCCAAAGGGGUCUCGUGAUGGCAGUCGAUUUACGGAGGUACUGUAA